AUGAUUGAAAUGACUAUAUCUCGUCAUGAUGCAACUGAAUCAUUAUCAUCAUCUUCAUCUCUACCUUCUUCAUCAUCAUCUUUAUCCUCCUCUUGUAAUCAUGAACUUGUAUUACGUAAUCUUCUUGAUCAAGAGUCUCACGUUAUUACAGCUCCAUUAAUCUCUGCAUUGGGUAAUGACACAUCACUUGCAUACUUUAUUUCGUUUAUUGCACGAGUUGAUUCUGAUCAUAUUCAGACACUUCCAGACGGUCCAGAUGAGAAUCAACUGGCAACUGCUCAAGAUGUCGUAAAACGACGUGAAGAUGAGAACCAGGACAAUGUUACACUGGAAUUAAUGACGUCCUAUCGUGCAACCAUGUUGCUAACAAAUGAUGAUACGGCUGAAGCACUGCUGACGCUCCUUGGUGACAAGAGUAAACUACUUACGCGCUGUUUGUUUCGUGUAUUUCAGCGUGAUGCAAAGGGAAAUCUACGACAUGCAUGUCGGGUUAUUGACCAGCUCUUGCGCUUUUAUCUAGACGAUGUUUAUGACGUACUGGGUAAAGAUGCAUCGACGGUAGCGAGAUAUAUGGGAUCCAUGCUACCGUAUUUAGAGCACGCUCCUGUUGCUGAAUUGUUUUUGACGCUAGUGUGCAAACCUCACAGUGCUGCUGUCAUGCGGUUUUAUACUUCAACGCCCCCGAAAAAAUGGGCCUUUUUCCGAGCUUUAUCCGAGUGGAAGGUUCUAUUGGUCCUGGCAAAUCAUGUCUGUAGUACCGAGUAUGGUGAGACCCAUACUGUUGGAGCUGCAGACGUUUUUGUGGAAUUACUCGACCGUCUUGCAGCGGACGAGAAUGGACAGUUACUGUUACAGCCAGCUGCCUACUGCCCAGAGUUGCUGGAAGGAUUGAUAUACGCAGCAGUGGAGCUGAAAGAUAGCAAAAAGACAGCGCAGAGGACAGUAGGACAACGCACGGCUGCAAUGAAAUGCGUCUUUCGAUUGCUGCAGAAAAGCACAUUGGAAAAAGUGCAAGGACCGCCAACGAGUCCUUACCAGUCUUUUGGUGCUACGAUCGUGAAUCUUGUGCCUAAUCAGUUGGGAGCUUUGCGUGAGAAAAUCUAUGAGCUUGUGGAACAACAUCUUGGCGAACUACUGAAGUAUCUCAUUCAGAAAUAUGUGAGUCAGCAGAAUAUUGAGAUGCCAGAUGAAGAGUCUGGGAAGCCAUUGCCUGAGAGUGCAGUUCGUCACACGGCAUAUGUGGUAAAGGUUCCUUUUACGGAAUUGCGUCUGAUACUUGUGGAGACACUUGUGGAAGUCAUGACGCACAAUCCGCGCUUAAUGAGUGAAUAUUUUGAUGCGAAUGUAUGGCGCGUACUGGUGACAUGGUUCUUUGAGUAUUCUCACAACAAUUUGUAUCACGCAGCUUUUUACCAGCUUGUGUUUAUUGCAUUACGCACAGAUAACCAGCAGGCACUAGAGGUGCUCGUGAAGAAGCUUAAGUUGGCCACGUUGUUGGUAGAGCACUACCGUGCAGAUGGCGAUUCGACCAGCAACAAAGGUUACAUUUUGCAAAUUUGCAAUGCUAUUCGUCUACAAGCAGCUUCACAGUCACCUGAUGCGUUUUUGCGCAAUUUCUUGCAGUCGCAUACGACAUGGCGUGGAUUUGAGCAGGAGCUGCGUGAUCGAACCAGUUUGCUUUGCGUAAAUGGGUUAGGAUUCGCGGUUCCUCAAGCCGUUCGCCCUGGUUAUCAGAAGGAUUCAUGGCAAAUGCUGAACGAAGAGCAGGAUGCUGGAAUCGAUCACGGAUCUGAGUUUGCACGCUCAUUAGGUUUCGUGGAUGACGUUGCAUGGCCGGAAGACGAUGCAGUGGAUGGCAACAAGAAGCGCAAGAAAAAGAAAAAAGGCAAGAGGACUUUGCACCUCCCGAACAGUAACGGUAUUCAUGAUGUGGAUGAGGCAGAUAGCACCGAUGAUGAAUUCACCAGUAAGCCUGAGGACAUUGCUGCGGCAGCACUGAUAGCGGCCGAGGAGGCCGAGCUAGCUGCAAAUGGGUUUAGAGGCUCGAAGUUUGGUACGGCAAAUGGAGCAAGUACACCAAAGAAGAAAAGCAAAAAGAAACAGCACAAGAAAUAG